AUGGCAGAAGAUAAAAAGAAAUUCCCACUACCUCCCGGAGUAGGAGCAGGUAAACCUGAUCAUCCAUUCGCAGUAACGGUGGAAGAUCCUAUACCAAAUGCAAUUGUACCUGACGGAUAUGGAAUCAAAUAUCAUGCUUAUCACACGAUAACGGAAGGAGUAUUCUUACCUGCCGGUACAUCUUUACCUGGAGGAGCGGUACUUCCAAUGUCAUCAGUUGCUGAUUUCCCAAUGGUCUUACCCAUGGGUACCAAAUUACCUGGAGGAGUUAUGGUGCCUAUCGUGAUGCAGAAGGUAGAGAAGAAAUCAGUUACAGCUUCUGAUCCACCUGGACCAAUCUGUUCCAUCCAAUAA